AUGGCUGACGCGAAGUUGUUCCAGCGAAAUAAGCUGCAGGAGCUGAGGGCAGAGUUGCAGGCAGACAAGAAGGACAAGAACUUCAGCCGGCGCAAGACGGUGCUCAAGCGGGUGGUCGCGAGCAUGACGAUGGGACAGGAUAUGUCGCCGCUGUACCCCGACGUCCUCGCCUGCCUCUCAAUCCAGGUCCUCGAGAUCAAGAAGAUGGUCUACCUCUUCCUGGUCAACUACUCGCGCGUGAAGCCCGAAAUGGUCAAGCACGCCCUGCCAGGGCUACUGUCGGACGCCAACGACUCCAACGCACUCAUCCGCGCUCUCGCUCUCCGCACAAUGUCCUACAUCCCCGUCCACGAGGUCCUGCAGGCCCUUGUCGAACCCUUGCGGCAUUGUCUGAAGGACCGAGAUCCCUACGUCCGCAAGACGGCCGCCAUCUGCGUCGCCAAGAUGUACAUGCACGACCGGCGGAUCGUCGAGCGCGAGAAGUUUGUCACGGCUCUGCGAGACCUGCUCAUGGACCCAAACCCGACCGUCAUCGCCAACGCUAUCGCAGCGCUCACCGAGAUCAGCGAGCGAAGUGACAACAUUCACCUCCGGCUCAACUCGGAGAUCACACGGCGACUGGUUCAGGCGAUGGGUGAGGCAUCCGAAUGGGGCCAGACCUACAUCCUCGAAUCGCUCAUGUACUAUGUCCCCGAGGAACACGAAGACGCCGAACUCCUCGCCGAGCAGAUAUCGAUCCGACUACAGCACUCGAACUCGGCUGUCGUCCUCGCGACUGUCAAGGUCAUCCUCUACCUCAUGAACUACAUGGGAAGCGAGCAGGCGGUGGACGACAUGUGCCGGCGACUGAGUCCUCCUCUUGUCACGCUCCUCUCCUCCGGUCCCGAGGUGCAGUAUGUCGCAUUGCGAAACAUUCACCUCAUCAUCCAGCGACGACCAUCCGUCCUCCGCAACGAAGUCAAGGUCUUCUUCUGCAAAUACAACGACCCGAUCUACGUCAAGCUCGCCAAGCUCGAGAUCAUCUACCGGUUAGCGAAACCGAAGAACGUCGAGCAGGUCUUGGCAGAGCUCAAAGAAUACGCCUCGGAGGUCGAUGUCGAGUUCGUGCGGAAGUCCGUCCGGACAAUCGGCCGACUCGCCAUCAAGAUCUCCUCAGCCGCCGACUUAUGCAUCUCCGUCCUGCUCCAGCUCGUCAAGACCAAGGUCAGCUACGUCGUACAGGAGGCGAUCGUCGUCAUCAAGGACAUCUUCCGGCGGUAUCCGAACCAGUACGAGGGCAUCAUCGGGACGCUGUGCGAGAACCUCGACGCGCUUGACACGCCCGACGCGAAGGCGGCGAUGAUCUGGAUUGUUGGACAGUACGCGGAUCGGAUUGAGAACUCGGACGAGCUGCUCGAUGAUUUCCUCGUCACGUUUUUGGAGGAGCCGGUCGAGGUCCAACUUGCGCUGCUGACGGCGACGGUCAAGUUGUUCAUCAAGCGACCUACGGCGGGACAAGAGCUCGUCCCAAAGGUGCUGAAGUGGGCGACCGAGGAGGUCGACAACCCCGACUUGCGCGACCGCGGCUUCAUCUACUGGCGCAUGCUCUCGACCGACCCAGCAGCAGCGACCGACGUCGUUCUCGCCGACAAGCCGACCAUCUCGACCGAAUCCGAGGCAAUGGACCGAGGGCUGCUCGACCGCCUCCUCCUGCAUACCGGCACUCUCGCAUCGAUUUACCAGAAGGAGGCCGUCAGCUUCGUACGCGGCGCACGACCGAAGUACCUGCAGGACUCGCCCGCGCUCAGCCAGGAGGCGAAGGACAGCUACCUCGAGGCCCUGCGAUUGCCGUCCAUGCCGAAGGUCUCGGCGGCCACCGGUGGCGAUGCGCCGAGCCUGCCCCCUCGGCCGUCUGCAACACGGCAAGAAUCGAGCGACGCGAUUGGCGGCGACGAGUACGGGAUGGGAGCACCUCGACCUGCGGCCGGCGCAGGUUUGCUCGACGAGGUGGACGAGGACGACGAAGAGGAAGGUGCGGCGCUCAACCCGGCUUCUGCGUCGUCGAGCGCCGACGAUGUGCCGGCAGGCGGGUCAGGCGCGGCAGGAGGAACGCCUGCAGACGACGGUCCCGACGACCCGCUCGACCCGUACGCGAGUCUGGCGAGGAUGUCGCUCGACGGGUUCGGGACCUCGGGGAUCGCAGGCGGCGGCAGGGCCGGAGAUGCGGACGAGUAUGGGUAUUCGGGGCCUCAGCCGGUGAACGGCGGGAGGAACGACCUUUUGCUGUAA